AUGACAAAUUGGAAAGAACGUCACGAGACAUUCAUCGACGCAGUUUCAUCUUCGAAGAAGGUCGACUAUGCGAUAAAAACUGGUGCUCCGUUACCACCUCCACCACGUACUGCAGUACCAAGCGAUUAUGUGCAGUGCGACUACUGUGGUAGAAAUUUCAGCGAAAACGCAGCCGAAAGGCAUAUACCAUUCUGCAAUCUUAAAUUCUAUAGGGAACAGAACUCAACAAAAGCUUUGAGCUCUUCUGCCAGGUCGUUGUCAAGCCAUCGCAAGCCGGUUCCCUUCAGGAGCACGGUAUUUCUUUUUUUUAUAAAAUUAUAA